AUGUUAAAUCAGGAGUACCUUAAAAUUGUGCUCUGCGUUCUCAUAGUAUUAUCACAGGAAGUAACAUCACAAACUACGAAUCGGACGAUGUCGCAAUUAAUCGGUGUUGACUUCGAAGUAUUCGGAAAAGUGCAAGGUGUCUUUUUCAGGAAGUAUACCCAAAAACGUGGCAAAGAGUUAGGUUUAAAAGGAUGGUGCAUGAAUACCAGUCAGGGUACUGUCGUCGGACGUCUAGAAGGGGAAAAGCCUAAAAUCGAGGAAAUGAAACAUUGGCUCCGUUAUACCGGAAGUCCUCAGUCAGCCAUAGAUAAGGCAGAAUUUCGGAACGAAAAGGAGAUAUCCCACGCUUCCUUCCACGACUUCGAAAUAAAAAAAUAG